AUGGACCUAUCACUUCGACGUCUAUACGGCAAUCAUGAAUACGUUUACCAUCAGAUAAGCGAAGAAGAAGAUUCCAGGAGCGACUGUGCUUUCGUCACAUCUGAUGACGGUCAAACCUUCAGCCGCACGCGAAUACCCAGCGAGAAUUGCACAGCACCCAAACCAUCACGAAGGGUCAAAGGAGCGCCUCGAAGACACGUAUAUGCCGAUAAAGAGACACAAACAACACCAAAUUUGCAACCAAAAUCGCCAUACACUACCUCAGCAUACGUGUCAUCAACCUACUCAACCUCUACCAUGCAAACCUCCUUAGAAACCAUCCAUACUGAGCCUAGCACCUGUCAUGAAAUUCGCCCAACAGAUUCCAGACCGUCCAAAACCUCCGAAGCAUGCCCCAUGACGGACAGCGCUAUCGAACUCCGCACCCUCACACCCGCCUACCCUCAUCGUUACCCGCCCGGCAUCGUUGUCAUCAAGACGCUUGACGAACAAGGCAUCGAAGUUUUUGAAGAAACGGAUCUCACGCAUCGGAAUGCUCUCUUCAUAGACCUCAAGCCCCCCGUGGCCACAAAGGUUGAGCUUACUGGUGUUGUGCAAAGAACAGGGAGAGCUGGGUUGAUGGAGAGAGCUCUAGGGAGGAUUAUUGACGCACUGGCAAGAGAUGAAGAUGACAGAUGA